GCACUAUUCGCCAAAACUUCAACAAUCUCCUGAAGCUUUCUCUCUUUCUUGUUUUGGCGCAAGCGGUAAUGUUCGUACCACGGUAAGUCCAACAUUCCCCAGUUACUCGGGCCCAAAUUAUACUGACUACGGAAAAGGGUCUACACCUACCACUGCAAGUUUUGCUCAAACCUCUUCCUAGCCUCAACACACGACUUCAAGACGCUCCCGAAGCGUAAGCCUCCGGGUCGCGAUAGGGCAACCAUAGUCCCUCUCCCCCCACCACCGAAGUCCGAAAAAAAAGAGGAUUCUUCCGAUGCUGAGUCAUCCGAGGGGAGCUCCUCAUCCUCGGAAUCGGAAUCCGAGACAGAGGCAGAAGUCGUGCCCAAACCAGAAGCCUCCUCUGAAGAACCUGCGGAACAAAAAGAACUAAAUUCCAACAGACCCCCACCCCCGACUGCCCCCUUCGGUCCUGAAAAAACUGCUCUCACAGAAGACACUGAAGUGACUAAGGGUGGCGCCGGACCACCACCUAAACCCCCCGUUACUCGCCGGAGAAGAGAUAAAGACGACGACUACACGCUUCUACUCUCACUCACUAAAGACCGGUCCGCAAAAAUUAUCGAUCGUGAAGAUGGGUUCGAGAAGAGGUGGAUAUGGCGGUGUGGAAGGUGCAGAUUGAUCGUUGGGUAUCAACUUGACGACGCGCACUUCUCACCGACCUCGAACACCCACCCGAACACCAUCGCUACGACGGGCGUGAUGGGUGGCGACGCUGGGGCGGAUAAGGAUCGCGCAGAGAAGGAGAGGAAACGGGCGGAGAGGAAGAGGAAGAGAUAUUUGUACAUACUCCCAGACGCGUGCGUUUCGACGGGGGAGUUAGGGGAGACGGGUGCGAGUGGGCGGUAACGAUGUGGACAAGAAUUGAUUCUGAAGGGUUUAUAACU